CCCACAAGCAACAGCUGCUGGGCACGUGUGACACAGCAGCACUUCCACAUGGAACUAGAGAAAAGAGUGUUCUCACUGUACAAUUUUUGUCACGUGCAAAAUGCAAGUUUUUUCUUCAGGGUGGUGAUGACUGGAAGUACACUCCCCUUUUGGUUGCAAUGGGGAUAAUGGUUGCUAUGGCAAUGUUUUGGAUUGUUUGGGAAAACUUCAUUUUUAAGUACUGCAAAGAAAGUCGAGUGUGGUAUCAAUUUUUUGGUGCGGGUUUGGUGGUUAGAUCUGAUUUGGGUAGUCCUGAUUGUGAAGCCAUCAGUGAGAGACUUCUUUCGAGUAGCACAAGUAGUCGGGAGCUGAAGCAGGCUACUCGACGCAGUAAACCUCUCGAUGCGUUUCGUGGUCUAUCAUUAGUUGUGAUGAUUUUUGUGAAUUAUGGUGGUGGUGGGUAUUGGUUCUUUCGACUCAGCUAUUGGAAUGGUCUCACGGUGGCCGAUCUCGUUUUUCCCUGGUUUGUGUUUAUUCUCGGUGUGUCGGCUGUCAUCUCACUAUCAAACAGUGAAUGUCAUGGUGUUAGUCGAUGGUCGAUACUAUUGAAAGUUGUGCGGAGAUUUAUUAUACUUAGUGUGCUCGGUCUGUUUCUGAACAAAUCGUCUGAUUUGGCUACGUUUCGUAUUCCUGGAGUGUUGCAGCGUCUUGCUGUGUGCUACCUGAUGAUAUGUCUUCUCCACCUCUGUUUCUCACCCAGACCAGAUACUACGAGGCGUGCACCGUCUCGGUUCUCUAUUUGUGAAAUUCGUUACUAUUUAAUACAAUGGUUUUUAGCUCUUGAUUUAGUUCUGGGGUAUGUGCUCAUUACAUACCUCGUUCAUAAAUCAGACUGUCCAGAUCAGUAUCUUGGUCCGGGAGGAAAACUCGGUGACGGUGGCAAAUAUAUGAAUGCUAAUUGUACUGGGGGAGCAGCUGGGUACAUUGAUGAAUUGGUAUUUAGCCAUGACCAUAUUUAUCAGACACCGACAUGUAAGAAAAUGUACGAGACAGGACCAUAUGAUCCUGAAGGAAUGCUUGGUACUUUGACUUCUAUCUUUCUUUCUUUUCUGGGUGUGCAUGCCGGUCGUAUUUUUCUACUGUAUCGAGACAAACACCAGAGGAUGAUACGAUGGACAGUGAAUGGAAUAGUCUUUGGAAUUAGUGGAGCUGGUCUGUGUUGCUUUCAACAGAAUGGUGGCCUAAUACCAAUCAAUAAAAAUCUAUGGUCAGUAUCGUAUACAUUAGUGAUGGCUGGCAUUUCGUUUAUUCUACUGACUAUAUUCUAUUAUGUUAUUGAUAUCAAGAAAUGGUGGACUGGAGCUCCUUUCUACUUUCUUGGAAUGAACUCGAUCUUGGUUUAUGUUGGACACAGAAUGGUGAAAGGGUACUUUCCCUUUGAUUGGGAAUCAGAUUUGACUUAUGUACAUCUGAUGAUACGUAACGUCACUGGUACUGUACUGUGGGUAGCAAUUGCUGCCUAUCUUCAUUACAUCAAACUUUUUGUGAAAGUCUAGAAGAUCAUUUGACGUGGUUUGAGGGAGUAACUGCUAUGGAUUUGAUUCUGCGGAGUGCCUGUUGGUUUGAUGAGAACAUACAGCAACUCUGCCAAGUUAGAAUUACUUCUUCCAUUUUCAAUUUUUUCUAUUUAUUAGUUACCAGGUCUAUUUAAAAGACAUUUGUAAAUAUGCAUAGUUUACAUGUAAUGAUAUACACUGUACG